AUGCGUGCCGCAGCAUCCUUUCUGCGCGGCACGGAAGACAAGAAGCCAGUUCAGGAGCUUCGCGUGACAGCUCUCGGAGAGGCCAUUGGCAUCGUGGCCUCCGUGGCCUCGCGCUGUGAGAAAGAAAGCCUGGCGACGAUCAAAGAGAUCAAAACAGACUAUGCGGACGUGCAGACAAACUCCGGCACCACGCGCGGCUGCGCACAGCUACAG